AUUAUUGCGAUUCAAUAAUCAAGGUUUGUUUUUAUAUUUUAAACCAUAACCAUUAUUUUUAAACAAGAAAAAUAAGAGUACAUAAGAGCAGAUUGUAAUAAAAGCUUUUUUGGUGUAAUGUUUAUUGACGCUCAGUCCCUUUAAACUUUAAAGUGUCAAAGAUGGAGGGAGUUUAAAUAAUUGGCGGUUGUUUUUUGGAGGGAAAUACCUCCACGAAUGUUUUCUCCUCUAUUAUGGCAUUUACUUUAGGAUAGUGUUGUGGACGUGUAGUUCGACAAAAUUGUGAUUUAAUAAAAUUUUAAUAAACGUCAAGAUUUUUCAAACUAUUAAAUUUUACAAUGUUGCACCACUAAGGAACAUAUGAAUAAAAUUAAGAAUAUAAUCGCUAAAAUGGCCCAGUCUCCCGUAGCUCGAGGUAAUAAUAGCCGCCCCUUUACCGUAGUUGUUGAAGGAAAUGUUGGUAGCGGUAAAACUACAUUUUUGGAACACUUUAAUAAAAACGAAAAUGUUGGUGUGUUUGCAGAACCUAUAGAUAUGUGGAGAAACUGCAGUGGAUAUAAUUUAUUGGAUUUAAUGUAUAAGGAUCCAAAAAAGUGGAGCUUUACCUUCCAGUCAUAUGUGCAGCUUACCAUGUUAGGGCUCCAUCAGAAAAAGAUACAUCAGCCAGUCAAGCUUAUGGAAAGGUCAUUAUAUAGCGCAAGGUAUUGUUUUGUAGAAAAAAUGUCCAGAGAUGGGUUAAUGCCACCCGCUUCAGUGGCAGUCAUUGAUGAAUGGUUUAAAUAUAUAACAUCAACGGAUGAUGCUCAAAUAGAUCUUAUUGUGUAUUUAAGAACCUCUCCUGAGAUUGCAUAUGAGAGGAUCUUAAAACGUAAUAGGUCAGAAGAGAAGACUGUUGCAUUUGAAUAUAUCAAAGCCUUACAUGAGAUACAUGAUGAUUGGCUGUAUAAUAAAACUUUACAUGACUGUAAGGCUCCUGUUAUUGUUCUAAAUGCUGAUCUGGAUAGAUCUGUUAUUGAAGAAGAGUAUGAAAAGUAUGAGCCUCAUAUUCUUAAUAAAAAACCUGUAGGAGUUAAGAUAGGUUAAAGAUAUUUAUGUAAAAGAUAAAAUGUAAGGGUUUUUCAUGUAUACUGUGUGAUAUUAAUUCCUCAAGGUCAUAACGUUAAAAGUAGAGGUCAGGAUAAUAAUAUUAAAGUAGAAAAUUGAUACCAAAUUGACUGCAUUGGUGUCUAUUACUAAGAACCUUAAUUAACCACUUAAUGCACAUAUUAAUUUUGAGUUUACUGUAAAAGAAUGAUAAUUUUUUUAUUUUGUAAGUAGUCGAGUAUGCAUAUAAGAUAAUUUAAAAAAAUUAUUUUAAGGGAUGUAAUAAGUGUAUUUUUCAUGACAGUGAUUUUUAAUUUAGUAAAUUAUAUGUUUUUUUAAACAAUUUAAUAUUUAUGCCUAAUUAAAACCAAAAACAUAUUAGCAGUGUAGAAUUAUAGUACCUAAGGGCCAGAUAAAAAAAAUUAAAAAAGGUUUAUUUUAAAAAUUAUGUCUCAUAUGGUAAAUCAUAAAACAAGACAAUCACAUAGUCCUCAUUAGAGUUUCUGCAGUAAUACCUCAUUUUUUUGGCACUCUGUCAGUCUAAAUGGUCUGGCUUUGUUAGUAAUUCUUCCCUUUUCUGUAGUGUGGUGGAACUGUUUAAUAUUUUUUUCUAUUAUUAAAUGACAAAUUUCUUAUUUGUCCCUUUGGCCACCAUUUUUCUUAGAAAGUAUAAAGCAUUUUGGCAUUUAUCAUACUAGUGACAUCAUCGAUCUGGGUGUGAUGAGGUAAUAAGUGAUUUUUUUAAAUCAGAAUAGGGGGUCGUGUGCUAGCUUAUUUGAAAGGUUAUUCAAUCCUCUAUUCAGUAAUACAAACAUGAACAUAAUUAUUUAUACAGGGUAUCAAAAAAUAUUUUUGAAAUAAAUUAACACGGUAACAUGAAUGUAUGUACUUUAUUUAAUUCAAAAUACAUUUUGCUGCAGUCAAAAAACAGAAAAAAAUGUUUAUUUUAUAAAUAAACAUUGUUCUUCUCUUGUUUAUGUGGUGUUCAGAUUGUAUAUUAGUUUGUGACAAGUUUUUACAGUAGAAUCUAUGGCGUAAAUGUAGAAGCCUGUUUCUAUUUUGCUAAAAAUAAACUCAACAUUAUGUUAAUCACUAAUGUCACUGAAAAUUUAAGGGUAGGUACUCAUGGACCAGCUUCUUUUAACGGAUUUAACAAAAUUUGCAUCUUAUUUUAUAUAAAAAACAUGCAUACAAAAUUUCAGACAUGGAAAUAAGAGUCAGGUUAUUAUUUUCUGUUAUAAAAUGUUCUUUACCUUUAAUAUAUUUCAAAUUUCGCAUAGUAACAUGAAAAAACCCUAAUUUCAUAAUAAUUCAAACCUUUAAAAAAUUUAGAAAAACUAAUAUUAAUAUUUUUGAACUUAUAAAAAAUAAUAUUUUUUUAUAUAUUAUGCUUAUGCAAAAUUUUCAAUGCAUUCAAAAGUUUAAAAAACAGUUUGGAUUUGAGAAUUUUGUGGGAGUGUAAGUAGUGGUAUUUUAGUGUGUUUUAAAUUAUUUUAAAUUCAUCUUAUUUUAAUAUGUUGGUUGUCGUGAGUCACAAAUGUGUCUCAUGUUGUUUUCGAUAACAGCCACGUGACACACCAUAGUUGUCUCGUUAGCAGAGAAACGUUAAAAUUUGGAACUGAAACACAUAAAAUACUAUUAUCUAGCUCUUUAAAUUUUGUAGUACCUGUAGCUAUUUUAGUCCUUUUAUAUUUUAAUAUUAUAGUAAUGAUGAAAUCAGUAUUUAGAAAUUAAGCAUUUAUUUUCAUUAUAACUUAUGAAAUAUAUCUUCAAAAAAAAUUUUUAUUAGCACAAUAUCAUCAGCGUAUGCUAGAUAUUUGUCCUUCUCUUGUUCUGAGGGUACCUUUGUUGAUUUUCCUGACGUUGUAUUUCUGGGCAAGAUUAAACAGAGUUGCUGAUAAGGAAUUUCCUUGUCUAAUCCCUUUAUUUAUGACAAAUUCUUCUGUAUCUCCUACUUGAGUGUUUAUACUCACUACAGUUCUACUCAUUGUCAUUUAUGUUAAUCAUCUUAAUUUCUUUUGUAUUCCCAUUUCUUUCAGAGCUACCAUUAAUUUUGAUAUUUUAUUGUAUCAAAUGCUUGCUAAAAAUCUAUAAAAAGCAGUUCAAUUUCUAUUUUAUAUCCAUUAGCUUUCUCCAUAAUUUUUUUAACCGUAUGUGUAGCAUCUGUUGUAGACUUCCCCUUAAUAAAUCCGCAUUGAUACUAUCCUAUGAUAUUCGUCAUAGCUUCGGUCAGUCUUUGUUGUAUUCAUGUCGACAUAAUUUUAUAAUGCUGUGUUUAAUAGCGUCAUUCCUAUGUAGUUAUUACACAUUUGUUGGUUUCCUUUUUUAUGAAUCAUGAUAAUUUUUCCUUUGUACCUACCUACCGUUUUUCCGGAAUUUUGUAUUAGUCCAUAUGUCAUUUAUUAAAUUGUACAGUUUUUCUCUAAAUUCUUCCCAACCAGCUCCAUAUUAACACCAACUGAUCCUGAGGCUUUACCAUUACGGUUGCUAUUUAUAAUUCAAUCAACAUGGUCAUCAAUACCAUACGUAUAUGUAUAUCAAUGCUAUACAAGUAUUGGACAUUACGUCAUCAGUGUUGGCGUACUGACGUAAUUGACGAUUUUUUAAAAUACAAACCGAGGUCAUGGGAUACCUCAUUUGAAAGUUCUCCUAAUCGACUUGCUAAUUAAUCUUGCUGUUAUUCGAAAAUACAUCACUUUUCAUGUUAAAUCAUACAUUAAAUAAAUUGAUACAACAGAGUAUCAAUGGACCCGACAGAGUUUGAAAUUUGCCUGCAUAAUUUUCUUUACUUCGAAUUGAAAACUUAUAAUUCAUGUAUUUCCUCAAAACUUAAAAUAAUUUUGUUAUUCUUGAUCUACUGAGUACACAUUCAAUACUAUUCUUACUUAGGCAAGAGUUAAUCAAUGUACCAAUUUUCAAAACUCUCGGAACCUUUUGUUAAAAAGUUAUAAUACAGGGGACAUACUCUGCAAUUACAACUAUUCUCAACCAAUUUGAUGCAUUUUUUUAUUUGCAAUAUUUGAUGCAACACAAGUUAUGUAGUUAUUUGUCAAAUACAAUGCAUUUUGAAUAUUUAUAUAUUUAUACAUAUAUUUUUUAUGAUGAAAAUAUUGAAAGUAAAUAUUUGAUUUCAAUUAGUAGAAUAGCCAUGUCUAAAAAAUAGUUUCCAAAGAGGUAGUUGUAUUUUUUGUGUUGUAAAAUAUAAUUAUAAAUUAUA